CCGGGAUUCCCUCUUCCUGUACUGAUCAGAACUAGAGGGGGCAGAGAGGCAGGGCACAGCAGCUUAUCUCUGGCUUUCGGUACCUGGUCAUGCAGAUCCCAGAUAACCCGCACAGGCUGCUUGGCCAAAUCCGCUGUGUUUUAGAAUGCAUCGAUUGCUUCCGAUAUGCAAAACCGCUCCCUGAUGCUCUGUGUUAUGUCCCUGGGGAAGUGCAGUAUAAGGUCUGCAAAGAUCCCAGCGCCUCGACCUCGGGUCGCACUCUGCUUACCGUAUGGGAGGCCCCUGGAUACUUGAAACAGAAUCUCAAGAAGCUCUCACGUGCGACUGUUGAGGUGCGCAAGGGCAGCUGUGUUAGAGCCACAGGGGAAGAGUACUGCAAUGCCAACGGGCUCUGGGUGAAGCUGAGCAAGGAUCAGAUGGAGGAGUACAAGACCAGCUGUGAGUUAACAGAGGGCUGGGUCCUGCUCUUUAGACAGGAUGAGGGGGGUGACAGGUUGGUUCCUGUGGAAUCUCUGGACAAAACCUCCAGACAACAGCAGGUGUUGGGAGUGGAUUUCAAACCCAUCUGCAGGUGGCAGGAUGUUGUGGAAGUCACUUACUCUAUGCUUCUUGGAGGACAAUUCAGAAUAGCAGAACGAGACGAGGAAGCGGUGCAGAAAAUCCGCUUCCUUCCUCCUUCCUGGAGCUACGAAUUUGAUGAGGACUUGGUGCACUUUCUGUUUGAGCACACAGGGAUGGAAGAUGAGAGUUUGGUAAACGUAAAGCAAUUUGUGGAAACCAUCAAUGUGUCCUCUGCUACGGAUGAUAACAAUCUGUGGUGCAUGACGGACGGUUACCCGGACACUUACUGGGAAAGUGAUGGGUCCCAAGGGCAGCACUGGAUCCAGCUGCACAUGAAGGAAGGCACUAUUGUCAAGAAGAUUCUGCUGACAGUAGAUUCCGCUGAUGAAAACUACAUGCCCAGAAAGAUGUUGGUGUAUGGCGGUGAGAGGGACAACUUGAAAAAAAUUAAUGAAGUGUCUAUAGACGAGAAUCUAAUUGGAGAUGUCUGUGUGCUGGAAGAUAUGGCCUAUCACCUCCCACUUAUCGAGAUACGAAUCACUGAGUGCAAAGAUGAGGGCAUUGAUGUUCGUAUCCAUGGGAUAAAGAUAAAAUCUUCCAAGGAAAGAGAUCUGGGGCUCACUGCUGAUAUGUUCCAGCCGGCCAACUUAGUGCGAUAUCCAAGACUGGAGGCCAUUGACCCAGAUGUUUUAUAUCGAAGAGCUGUGCUCAUACAGAGGUUCGUGAAGCUUCUGGAUAACGUUCUUUACCAUAUAGUACCGGCCUGGGAUUACAGCAUAGGCACAUUUAAUAAACUUAAGCAUGUGAAACAGUUCCUGCUGAUCUCCAAACGGCGCUCGGCACUCAUAGCCCAGUGCUUGAAGGACUCUGAGACCAGCAAACCAAAUUUUAUGCCUCGUUUGUACAUAAACCGUAGACUUGCGGUGGAACAUCGUGAUAACCCCUUGCUGGACCCCACCUACAAGAAGACCGUCUUUAGUCAGGUUUAUGAAGGUUUGAAGCCUACCGAUAAAGCAGAGAAGCCCCUGGAUUAUAGGUGGCCUGUGCGCUAUGACCAGUGGUGGGAGUGUAAAUUCAUUGCUGAAGGUAUCAUAGAUCAGGGAGGAGGAUUCCGGGACAGUUUGGCUGAUAUUUCGGAGGAGCUUUGCCCUAGCUCUGCCGAGACCCCUGUGCCUCUCCCGUUUUUUGUACGCACUUCUAACCAGGGUAACGGGACAGGGGAAGCACGUGAUAUGUAUGUGCCAAAUCCAUCCUGCAAGGACCUUGCAAAGUAUGAGUGGAUUGGGCAGCUUAUGGGCGCCGCACUACGAGGCAAGGAAUUCCUAGUCCUGGCCUUGCCAGGCUUGGUAUGGAAACAGCUUACUGGGGAAGAUGUCAGCUGGAGUAAGGAUUUCCCCGCCAUUGACUCUCUACUAGUGAAGCUCUUGGAGAUGAUGGAACAAAUGGACAAGGAAACAUUUGGUUUUAAAUUUGGCGAGGAACUGACUUACACCACAGUGCUAAGUGAUCAGAGGAUGGUUGACCUUAUCUCCGGGGGCAGCAACAUCUCGGUGCGGUAUGAGGAUCGCAUGGAAUUUAUUGAGAUGGUGAAGAAGGCACGACUUGAGGAGAGCAAGGACCAGGUAGGUGCGAUUCAGGCUGGGCUGCUCAAAGUGGUUCCUCAAGCUGUGCUGGAUCUUCUUACAUGGCAGGAGCUGGAGAGAAGAGUCUGUGGUGAUCCAGAGAUUAGUGUGGAAGCCUUAAAAAAACUAACGAGGUUUGAGGAUUUGGAGGUUACAGACACCAGAGUUCAGUAUUUCUGGGAGGCAUUAAACAACUUCACUAACGAGGAUCGCAGCCGUUUCCUAAGAUUUGUCACCGGGAGAAGUCGGCUACCAGCGCCAAUCUAUAUUUACCCGGAUAAAUCAGGCAGCUUGGACACCACUGACUCCUUACCUGAAUCCUCCACGUGCUCCAGCACUUUGUAUCUGCCAAACUACCCUAGUGCCAAGAUCUGUGAGGAGAAGCUACGUUAUGCUGCAUAUAACUGCGUGGCCAUUGAUACCGAUAUGAGUCCUUGGGAGGAAUAAGUUUACAGCGCUCUCACGCCAAUAUAAAAAAACCCUUAGAUAGAAUCCCCCACUAAAAAUAAAUAAAUAACCUUCAAGUAAAAAGCCAGUGGAUCCUUUUUUUAGCCAUAUUUGGUUGAAUACAGUGAUUCUAUUUGUAUAAAGAUGCGGAUACAUUUGUUUGUGUUUGUUCUUUAUCGCAUAUAUUUGCAUCUGGGAUUUCAAUCUCAGUGUAGUAACUUCCAUUUCAGUUAAAAGGGUCCUGUAAAAAAUAAAACAAAUUACUGUGAGCUCUAAUGAAAAGUUGAUGUAAAUAAUAGACAAAUGUUUUUAAAUUAAAAAUGACGCACACUUAAAGGGUCAUAAAACCCAUUUAUUUUUAGUUUAUGACUCGGAUAGAGCAGUAAUUUUAUAUAGCUUUCCAGUUUACUUCUAUUAUAUAAUUUGUUUUGUUCUCUCUGUAUCCCUUGUUGACAAGUAUACCUAGGUAGACUCAGAAGUUGCUGAUUGGUGACUGCACAUAUAUGCAUCUUGCCAUUGGAUUUCAGUUUACUCCCAGUAGUGCAUUGCUGCUCCUUCCACAAAGGAUACCACAAGAAUAAAGCAAAUUAGAUAAUAAAAGUAAAUUGAAAAGUUGUUUAAAAUUGUAUGAUCUGUAUGAUUCAUGAAAGGAAAAAUGUGGGUCUCAUGUCCCUUUAAUGUAAAUGCUGCACUUCCUGCGAAAAGCACUUCACUCUACAAACGUCAAACAACUACGUUAGCUCCAUAGCCGUUCAGUAAUAAAUUUGCACUAGAAAUGGGUCCUUUAUAUUUUCGAGAUUAAUCUACUUUUAAAAUUAUUUUAUUGCAUUAAAAUAUGCAAAUGUUGGAUAUCUGAAUAAUCUACAGAAACACUUAAAUAUUAGAAAUAUCAAGGGAAAUAUUGAUAUUAUUCAAAUGUCAAAAAGUUUACCCCUCAUUUCAUUUUAUUUAUUUUUUUAUGAAAAAUAAAUGGGAAAUUUGAAACUUGUAAGUAUAGAGAAUUGAGUAUCUAUAAUAAAAAAACAAUUGGUACUGGGAAUAAAGAAUUUGUAAUAGUGACCAAUCUCUCUAUAUCUGUACUCAAAAAACUUCUUCAAGCAUAUAACAUAGCAGCAUCUAAACAGAUUGCAUUUUGUUCACGAAAUAGAUGUGAAAUAAAAGUUUUAUUACAUUUUGAUUGAAACAUACAGCUGUAUCUGGGUACUUCCUGCUUUUGCCCAUUGGUUGAUUGGCACAGCCUAUGCUCACGUCCCUAUAGGCCAGUUAACAUUAGAAUGAAGUGAACAACUGAUAAUGGUACAUUUAGUUUAAAUUCAAAGGGAAUAAAGUCAAAUUAAACUUUCGUGAUUCAGAUUGACAAGAGCAUAAAAAUUUUAAACAAUUUUCCAAUUCACUUCUAUUAAAGGGACAGUUUAAUCAAAAAUGUUUAUUGUUGAAAAAGAUCGAGAACUCCUUUAUUUUUCAUUCCCUAGUUUUGCAUAACAAUCAUGGUUAUAUUAAUACACUUUUUAAGCUCUGUGAUUACUUUGUAUCUAAGCCUCUGCAGACUGCCCCUUAUCUCAGUUCUUGUGACAGACAUGCGUUUUAGCCAAUCAGUGCUGACUGAGCCACGGGUGUGAGCACAAUGUUAUCUAUAUAGCACACAAACUAAUGCCAUCUAGCUGUGAAAAAAACUGUUGAAAUUCACUCAGAUAAGAGGCGGCAUUCAAGGGCUUAUAAAUUAGCAUAUGACUGAGCCUAACUAGGUUUAGCUUUCAACAAAGCAUACCAAGAGAACAAAGCAAAUUUGAUGGAAAAGGGUAAAUUGUAAAGUUGUUUAAAAUUGCAUGCCCUAAUUUUGAUUGUAUUGCCCCUUUGAACUGCUUUUUGGCAAAAAUGUCUACAUUGUAAAUGCUGCUUUGUUUGAGCACAGUCUCCGCUUAAUUAGGAUUGCGGUUGCUAUGAGCAACGAAACGCUGAUAUAAGCUCUGUAUCUGCUGAAUCUCACAAAACACAAUUUGUCUAUAAGUGUAGUGGAUACUCAGUGUCUUACAACUCUCUACUUCCAGUUUAUUAUUAAUAAAUCAAGACAGGCUUCUUUUCUGCCUUAUUGUGCUGACGAGACGCAGCGGUGAUUACCCUGUGUAACUGCAAGAACUAAAUUAAGGAAAAUAUUAUAACAGUCUGGCUAAUACCUGCAGCAAAGAAAACAAACAGUUAAAGGGACACUGAACCCAAAUUAACUUUAUAAUUUACACCUAGUAUCAAUUUUUCUUUGUUCUCUUGCUGUCUUUAUUUGAAAAAGAUAGAAUCUAAGCAUUUUUUUGGUUCAGAACCAUGGAAAGCACUUUUUUAUUGGAGGGUGAACUUAUCCACCAAUCAGCAAGAACAACACAGUUUGUUCUCCAAAAAUGGGCCGGCAUCUAAACUUACAUUCUUGCAUUUAAAAUACAAACAAACAAGAGAAUGAAGACAAUUUGCUAAUAGGAGUCAAUUAGAAAGUUGCUUAAAAUUGCAUGCUCUAUCUGAAUCACAAAAGAAAAAAUUUGGGUUCAGUGUCCCUUUAAUUAUUUAUAUGCAUUCUAUAAUUUUUUUAUGGUAUUUGUGCAUGAAAUUCUCAGGCAUUUUUCUGUGUCACGUGUGCUAUAUAAAUGUAUGGAUUUGGCAGGGCAAUGUCCAUGUGUUGUGGGGGUUUUUUUUCUAGCAAAUCUUUGAUUUUUGUAUGAUAAAAUAAUAUGUUUGAUGACAAAA